UUCAUCGGUCCAACGCAUGCGCCGUGGCUAACAUCCGGGGCCUGGACAAGGAUGAACGGCAAUUUCCAAGAUGGCGGCGGAGGGAGGAGGGAAGGAGAUGAACGAAAUUAAAACUCAAUUCACCACACGGGAAGGCGUCUACAAACUCCUCACUCACUCCGAAUACAGCCGCCCGAACAGGGUGCCUUUUAACUCGCAGGGCUCCAACCCCGUCAAGGUCUCCUUCGUCAAUGUAAACGACCAGUCCGGCAACGGCGACAGGAUCUGUUUCAAUGUGGGCCGGGAGCUGUACUUUUAUAUCUACAAAGGCGUGAGAAAGGCUGCCGAUCUUAGUAAGCCGAUAGACAAGAGGAUAUACAAAGGAACGCAGCCUACGUGUCAUGACUUCAACCCCCUCACCGCUACAGCAGAGAGCGUCUCCCUGCUGGUGGGCUUCUCAGCUGGACAGGUGCAACUCAUAGACCCGAUAAAAAAGGAAACUAGCAAACUCUUCAACGAGGAAAGGCUUAUAGACAAGUCGAGAGUAACUUGUGUACGAUGGGUUCCUGGUUCAGAGAGCCUGUUUCUGGUGGCUCACUCCAGCGGCAGCAUGUACCUGUACAACGUGGAAAACACCUGCGGCACUACGGCACCUCACUACCAGCUCCUUAAGCAGGGUGAAAACUAUGCUGUGCACACGUGCAAGAGCAAAUCCGCCCGUAACCCGUUACUGCGGUGGACAGUGGGCGAGGGGGCGCUCAACGAGUUCGCCUUCUCCCCGGAUGGCAAGUUUCUGGCCUGCGCAAGCCAGGACGGCUUCCUGCGGGUGUUCGGCUUCGACGCCGCGGAGCUCCACGGGACAAUGAAGAGCUACUUCGGUGGCUUACUGUGCGUGUGUUGGAGCCCGGACGGACGAUACAUCGUGGCGGGGGGGGAGGACGACCUGGUGACGGUUUGGUCAUUUUCGGACUGUAGAGUAAUUGCACGGGGGCACGGCCACAAGUCGUGGGUGAGCGUGGUGGCGUUCGACCACUGCACCACCAGCGUUGAGGACGGCGACCCCCCCGCCGAGUUCAGCGGCAGCGACGAGGACUUCCACGAGCAGAUUCACUUUGGCGCGGGCAGAGACCGCGCAAACAGUUCUCAUUCUCGGCUUUCUAAGAGAAACUCUACGGACAGCAGACCUGUUAGUGUGACCUACAGGUUCGGCUCAGUGGGGCAGGACACUCAGCUGUGUCUGUGGGACCUUACGGAGGACAUUCUCUUCCCACACCUCCCUUUGUCCCGAACCAGGACUCACACUAAUGUCAUGAGUGCCACAAGCCCCCCAGCCACUGGACAAACUACUACUACGACGACUACUACUACUUCUACUACUACUACUGUAUCCUCCACCACCACCACCAGUUCCAGUGGCACCAAUGGUAAAGACAAUGUAAGCAAUAGUAGCGCCAGUGGAAACCCAGCUAACUCCCUCUCUAGCACCUUGCCUCGGUCCAACAGCUUGCCUCACUCCUCCAACCCAGCAGGGGGCAGCACCCCCAACAGUCACACGGGCAGCAACAGCAGCGGCAGCACCACCACCAAGGGCAACAGCAUCAUCGACAGCGCUUUCAUUGCCACGGGCGUGAGCAAGUUCGCGACGCUGUCGCUGCACGACUCGCGCAAGGAGCGCCACGAGAAGGACCACAAGCGGAACCACAGCAUGGGCCACAUCAGCAGCAAGAGCAGCGACAAGCUCAACCAGCUCAGCUCCACGCGGACGGCGAAGGCCGACGCGGCCAAGACUCUGGGCACCGCGCUGUGCCCGCGCAUGGAGGAGGUGCCGCUCCUCGAACCGCUGGUGUGCAAGAAGAUCGCUCACGAAAGACUCACUGUGUUAAUCUUCCUUGAGGACUGUCUGGUAACAGCCUGUCAGGAGGGUUUCGUUUGCACAUGGGCUAGGCCGGGGAAAGUGGGUUUGCUAUCAUCUCAAAACAACCCAGCCAACUCCCCCAGUGGAACAGUAGUAUAGCCCCAGUGCUGGCGCUGCUAAUGACAGCUCCAUGCAAGAGACGGGGAUGACCAAGGCCAAGGCCCUGCAGCGCUUCUUCACACACUGUCACACACCACAUGACCGCCAGUGUCGCCACCACUCUCAUCACUACAACCACCCAGACGCCCUCUUUGUGUUACCGCUCGUGUAACCGAUAUUGGCCAAGCCAGGGUUAGAACCUGCCCUCUUUGUGCGGGGGUUAAAAGGGUGCUAUCGGAAGCAAGAGGGAAAGCUUUAAAUCAUCCAGGAGGCUCGUGACUGGCUCAUUGUCGCAUCAUAUCAAGUUGUGUCUGGUCUGGAAAAUAACAAUCGCUAAUACCCAAUCUUUUGUGCCUGUAGAUCUUCAAAGACUAGACACAGUGGAAGCAUUAUGACGACGCCUCAGCCUAUUUUUUUUUUUUUUUUUUGAGUAGGUUAAUUCAACACCUCGUUUAUUUUCAACGUUACAACAUAAAGGGAAUAAGACGAGGGGUGGUUUCGGAGCAGUAGCGGCAUAUCCCCCCCCCACAAAUGCACACACACACACACAAAAAAAAAAGCCAAAUCUCCGUCAUCCUUCAGCUCCUGGGGGAUUCCUCGGGCAGUCACAGCCCCUCCGCACCUUACUUCCUUUGCAGACAUAUUAAUCCGAGGUAUCACACUUCCAAGUGUAUUUUUUGCACAAAUUUUUCUUCCAUCGUUCUCUCGUUUGGUCCCAUUUUGCAUUCACGGCGGUGGAACGCGAGCGAAAACGCGGCGGCUCCGGGAAAAACACUUGGGGAAGCGGCUCGUUAUUGAUCUCUUGUCUCGACGCUGGAUGCUGCAAUCAUAGUUUUUUAUAUGGAGAAAAAAAAAAUUGUUUGCACUUAAUAGCUUGUUAGAGGAGAAUGGCUUUACAUUUUUGGAGUGUGUUGAGGACUCCUCGACAAGGUUGAUAUAUAAAUAGAAAUAAAAAAGAACCUUUGUAUCUAUGGAACAUUUAUUUUAAUAUUGUUUCAGAUUAAACGGGCUCUGUGAUAUAUGUAAAUAUUGUACUUUGAUGAUUUAUGGGUGAAAUGAUCAAUAUUAGAUCCUCAUUUCAGAAAAUAGUGAUAUUUCUAAUACAGAAAAAUCUAUACCUAAUAUUAAAAUGAAUCUUGAAUAUGCAGGUGUUUCUUUUCUGUUGUACAUAAAGAGAAUUCAGGUGUAUUUUUUAUUAAUGAACCGUUUGGUAUAGGAAAUGUCUACGAAAACGCUCUCGUCUAACAGGUAGUGCUGGACGCCGGCUACAGCCUGUCGCUGCAGAUUUCUUUUACGACGUAGGCAGGUAGGGCGCAGACGCGGCGGUCUAAUUCAGCCAUCACUCCGAGCUCAGGUAAACCACAGGAAGACUAACGCUGGCAUACUUAACCCCCACCCCGCGACCCCGCCCCGCCCCGCCCCGGCCCGGCCCCACUCGUAGGCGCCAGUCGCAUCCAUCCACGUGCUUGUGAAGUCACUUUAACAAAAAGACUGACAACCGCGUUCCGCAGACAGGGCUGAACUCUGUGACUCCUGCUAUUGUGAGUAAUAAUUACUGAACUGACGCUGAACUUGUGAACAAACUUUUUGACACUGUGUUGAAUACCAACUGACGAUUGUCAGCGCUCGACGGCGGAGUAGGUGCUUGAGGUGAGGGUGCUUUCAGGACACCCGCGUAGGACUGAGGAUUUAAACAGUGGGAGCCUUUUCCUCCAUGUGACGCCUAUUAUUAAAACAGCUUUGACAGACAA